CAAAUACUGUGAAGUGUUGUACUGCAGGAAGCAGUUCCUGUUAAAAUAGCGAGGUGUGCUGAGGCUACUGGAGUUCAUUUGAUGUGGGAAAUGUUAAUUAAGGGGGCAAACCCCUCCCAUGAUGGCAGCGCAGCUUAUUAAAACCCGGGCAGUUGGAACCACCCGGCAGAAGGAGGGUGAGGUGUCGCCCCAGAACUUGCUGCUGCUGCUGCUGGAAGGGCCCACCUGGCGCGAUGUGGUCAGUCUUCUUCCUUUUUCUGUCUUAUCUGGACAGAGACUUUGUGAAGGGCGAGCUGGUGGGCCACCCACUAGACGCAGACAAAGAGAGCAACGUGGUGUUCCACGCGCUCGGCGACUCUCUGUGCGCGAGAAGCUCCACCAUAGGAGAGUACAGCCUCCAUCAGGUCUCUGAUGGGGUCGAGGACGUGCGCUCCGUGCGCAGCCCGGCUGGUCAGCUGGUCCAGUGCUCAGUGACCGCCAACCUCACACAGGUCACAUCCUUCAUGCGCGCUUGUCGGCUGGGGCUGAGAGAGCAGAGGGUCGAGCCCGCCGGCUCAGCGCUGAAGUUGACUGAUGUGGCCGAAGCCAGAGCGAACUGCCACCAGCUGAACUCAAAGGAUGCAGCGAGGGUGUCCGCGCAUGCGCAGAAGCAAGAGGAGCUCCAGCCCGGCGUUGAUGAAGCAGGCGGAGAACAGAAGCUCCGGAGAAACAAGCGAGGCUUCACCUAUCCCGGCACUCUGUGGUGUGGCGCUGGGAACAUCGCGGAUGACUACGACCAACUCGGGGAGUUUACUGAGACCGACAAGUGCUGUCGCACUCAUGACCACUGUCCACAUGUCAUCCACGCCUUUUCUUCCAGCUACGGCUACACCAACUUCAAAUGGCAUUCAAUUUCACACUGCGACUGCGACAAUGCGCUGAAGCAGUGCCUGAGGGAGGUUAAUGACACUUCUUCACGGGUGGUUGGCCAAGCUUUCUUCAACGUGAUCGAAGUUCCCUGCUUUGAGUUCUCCUUUGAGGAGCAGUGUGUUGAGCGGCACUGGUAUGGCGUGUGUAAGAGAUAUGACAGAAUGCCCGUCGCAGUGAUCAGACAAUCAAUCCCCUAUGACUUUGGAGGCAUUGACGUCAUUGAUGUGCUGACCUUAGCUCCUCCCAAGAAGAAAGUAUCCGAGCUGGACAAAGACGAGCAAGAGAAAACGCCAGGCUCUGAGAGCACCACCCAGUCAACCUUCACAGGAUCUAAAGGCGCCACCCCGGAGGAGCCCUCGCUUACAAAUGUGGUCACGGCUGCUGAAGACUUCAUCAAAGUGCUCGCCACGGUGUCUACCUCACAAAGCUCCUCUGCCGACAGCAGCAAAGGAGAAGCGCAGACUUCGGAAAAGAAGAGGAAGAAAAAUGCCGGCAAAAAGAAAAAAGAUUCAAAGAAGAGAAGAGGGAAGGGUAAAGGGAAGAAGAGAAAGCAGAACGCAGAGAGGGUUUCAAAAACCGAGGAGGGAGUCGCUGGCGCUCCUUCUGCUAACAGAACAGAGGAGGUCAUCAAUAAGAACCAUUUCGUAGAAGACCCUAGGGUCAUCAAAAAUAAUGACAAUUUCAUGACCGGUGCGUUCGAUUCUGUGGCUGACGGUGGGCAUUCCAAUAAGAUGAUGAGGGAUGAGUAUCAAAGGAUGCCCAGUGAAAGUCAGAUGAGCUCCACCACCACCACACCAAAUGCAAAGCAAGAGGAAGAGAUGCAAAAACCUCAAAAGCAAAUCAAGAACCUGGAUUCUGCACUGGCAGUUCACCCUACGACUGUUCCCAGUAAACCUAGAAGCGCUAGGCUAAGACAAAGGGCGGAAAGAAAAAGACAUGGACAUCUAACUCCGACUUCCCUCCCGUCAGAAGCAACCUUACACAAUAGAAUUGGAGAUAAGUCUCCAGUGAGAGCCACUGAAAGCACCAGCCCAGCAGGUCAGACAACACAGAGUCCCAUCAGUCCAGCAGGGGAGGAGGCGCCACGUAGCUUAGAGUACCAGGGUGAAAAGGGAUCCGCAUUUAUUGCCACCACACAAAAUACACCCAUUGUUGGAACUAAAAGGUUGAGGUCAAGGCAAAGAGGGGGGAGGAAGAAAAGUAGGAAACUCAGUACUCCUUCUUCCCCCAUUGAGAGAGAAGUUCCUCACGCUUUAAAAGCUGAAGGACCCUUAUUCCUCGCGACUGAUGUGAUUCAGGAGCUGACUGUUGGCCCAUCCCAUGAACCACAGGGCGUUUCAGAAAGGCUGCGGCCUAACAGACUGGAGAACCCGGCAGAACAUUCUGCAAGUUCACCCACGUCCGGUAAAGAUCUACCUAAAAAGAGGCACCAAAGGUUAAAGGGCACUAGGGACAGAAGGAGACCUGCAUUAGCAAUUUCCGACCCAUCCACCCAGGAAGACACGAGACUUGAAGACACGAUGACCACCAGUGCCACAACAAUUCGGGCCUUGACCGACAUAGACUCACAGAGAUUGCUUCAGACAAAGAAUCCUGAGGCAAGCACUGGCCACUUUUUCCUUCCUAUACAGACUAGCACUCCACCAACACUGCCCCUCAAGACCAACACGACCAAGGGCAGAAGAUCAAAAGAGAGAGCUGACAAGAAAAGAAGAAAAAGCAAAGUUGCUGAAACCUAAGCUUAAUAUAUUUGACUACGUAAAACAUGUCAGUGGAAUGGUAGCUUAGUAUGUAGCCUGUAUCAUGAUUUCUCUGAGAAGUUGGUACAAUAAUGACACAAAUGUUUUUAUGUAUUCUGUUUCGUAAAAUCCACUGAUGGUAGAGAGUGAGAUCACAUGUAUGAAGCAUUCAGCAUGUUAUACACCAUUAUCACUUAAUAAAAUAUGUUUAAAAGUC